AUGGGCAACAGCCAAGGCAAGCCCGUUGAUCUCAACGGCGAAGUGAACCUAAACCAUUUCCGAUUAUUACGAGUUGUCGGUCGCGGUGCCUUUGGUAAAGUGCGAAUAGUCGAACGAAAAGAUACCAACCUAUCGUUUGCCCUAAAGUACAUUCGUAAAGAUGAGGUCGUACGGUCUGAAAGCGUCCGAAAUAUUAUACGAGAACGACGCAUGCUCGAGCAUGUGAACCAUCCUUUUAUCUGUAACUUGCGCUAUAGUUUCCAAGAUAUCGAGUAUAUGUACCUUGUGGUUGACUUAAUGAGCGGAGGCGACCUACGUUUUCACAUCUCGAGAAAGGCUUUCACCGAAGAGGCAGUGCGUUUCUGGAUAGCUGAAUUGGGAUGUGCGCUCAGAUACAUACACGGGCAAGGCAUAAUACAUCGAGAUGUGAAGCCGGACAACGUGCUACUAGAUGCUGACGGCCAUGUUCACUUGACUGAUUUCAACGUUGCCUCAGACGUUAUACCCGGAAAGGUUCUCACGAGCAAAUCAGGAACUCUUGCGUACCUCGCCCCCGAAGUAUAUGCAGGUAAAGGGUACGACGUGAGGGCCGAUUGGUGGUCGCUGGGGGUACUGUUUUACGAAUGUAUCUACAACAAGCGGCCAUUUGAGGGUAAUUCGGAAUCUACCUUGACGAAUGUCAUCCUUGCAGCAAACCCGAAAUUCCCCGUCACUCAACCUCCGGUCUCACUACCGUGCCUGUACGCCAUCGGUUCUGCUUUGAAUCCGAACCCCGACAAGAGGCUCGGUCAUACCUGGCAAAGCUUCAUAAACGAGUCCUUCUUUCAGUGUAUUGACUUUGAGGCUUUAGAAAGAAAAGAACUGGAGCCUGUGUUUAUCCCAUCGUCAGAGAAGACCAACUUCGAUGCUACCUACGACCUCGAAGAAUUGUUAUUAGAGGAAGCGCCGCUUGAGGCCAGGGCGCGGAGGCAAAAACCCAGAGAGAGGUUAAAGGAUGAUGCCACUGAGAAGGAGAUCCGGGAAGAAGAGUUAUACCGUACCAUCGAGCGGGAAUUUCAGCCGUUUGAUUACACUGUGGCAGCUUAUAAGAAAAUUACGGCACAGCAGGCGGCGGAUGGAACCGGAGAUAAUAGUCCUGCUCUGAGCCCAGCCAAUGAAGAGCCUCGAGCCAUUAGUACCGACGAGGCCAAACCAGCUCCAACCAACAAUAGAGCUCCGCAACAAUUAUACCAACCGUCACCUGUACAAAAUAAACCGCCAUCGGAUAAGAGUAUUACGACAAGCGGUAGCCGCGCAGCCAAAAGCGCGCCUCGGCCCCCAGCGCCGCUUCCAUCAUAUCACCGCACAUACGGCAAGAGCGUUUCUCAGUCUUCAGGUCUACAAGUCAAAUCCUCCAGCGGCGGCAUAUCGGUCACGUUGGAAGAUACGGGCAGCUGGUCGGAUCUAGCGCGUAGGGAUGCGACGUUACCGGCCGAUGCUAAUGUCGCGGCUGAGGAUAAGUCGUCUGGGGGUGGUGGCGUCUUUGGGCUUUUCGGCCGAAAGAAGAGGGGCCAUAGUCCAAAGCCAAAAGAGAGGGGAGUCUUGGGUAAAGAAGGGGCACGACAGAUAAUUGGUUGA